GCCAGGCAUGAAGUAGUGUGCUGACAAUAAACAGACAGAGUGGAACCGCCCCGAAGCAUAAACGGCAUUUCUUCCCUCUCAACGUUUUCAGUUUCUUGCUGUAGCUGAAACUCAGCUUGUCAGCCCUGAGAUGAGUGCUACAGAGCCUGCAGAGGCUUUUCUGAGCAUGUUCAGUACCAAAGACAGACUGCAGGAAGGCAAGAACGGUAAAAAGCUCCAAGGAGAAUGUCUCAGAAUCGUCUCCCCCGCGUCUCCUGCUGCGCUUUACUGCUGCUAUGCAGUGAUCAUGGUCCUCACUGGAGCUGUGGUUGGACUUUCUGUGGCUCUGUCAUUGUCAGGAGUAAAGCCAGACCAAAAAAAAUAUGCUACUUGCCCAAGAAACUGGAUUGGAUUUGGGAAUAAAUGUUUUUAUUUUUCUGAAGACACAAGCAACUGGACAUUCAGUAAGAACUUCUGCAUGGAACUAAACGCCCAGCUAGCUCGAUUUGACAACAUGGAGGAACUGAAUUUCAUAAACAGAUACAAAGGGACCUUUGACUACUGGAUCGGCCUGCACAGAGAAUCACCACAGCACCAUUGGAAAUGGAUGGACAACACGGAAUAUAACAACUCGGUUCCCAUCCGAGGAGUGGAAGACUAUGCCUACCUGAACAACAAUGGGAUCAGCACUGCCAGGAUUUAUGCAGACAAGAGACAGAUCUGUAGCAUGCUCAACAGCUAUAUCCUGCAAUGCUAAAUUCCUUUUGCUUCUUUCUAGUCUUUGUCAAGAGAUGUUUUUUAACCUGAUAGCUACAGUUGCUGCUCUAGUCCCCAUCUUCCAACAUUGUUUUCAAAAGAAACUGAAUAUUUGUUGACAUCACAACUGAAAAUCAUCUUGGAGAACGUCACAUACAUGGGCUUAGAAGAACACUGGUAUGUGUAAAAUGAGUGCUGUUACUCAUACCCUAAGCCUCAACUACUUUCAAUGUUAGUGAACCCCACUUUUAUGAUAUGAAGUUUUUGUGCAGACAGUCUUCUUUAUGAAGUUAUUUGACCAUCAAACUGAGGUCUCCAAUAUGCAGUUUUCCUUGCACUUUCAUGAUGAAAUGCACCAGGCAGUGGUGUCUUUAAAGUGGGCCCUUGGAAUGAAUCUUGUUUUCACCAUUAUGACUGUGAGACUGGUUAGUUUCAACUAAGUUCCUGACCCAAAAAAGAGCAUUUUUCUACAAAAACUCCAUUUUAUAUCAUUAAACUGUGUGAAUUUUAUCUACAAAAGAAACUUGAUAGGUUUAUGACCUUAUCUGACUCAAUAAUCUUGUUCACAGUAGACUUGGAAAAUAUUGUUCUACUCAUACAAACUUUUCAGAUUCAGAUGAGAUAACUUAGGGAAAUGUCCUGUCAGUGUCAGCAUCUCAUUUAUAGUAAACACAAGGUAAGUUUUCUUCCAUAGCUCUGUGGAAAUAAUUCUGAAAGGAAUAGUAAGUUUUCAUGAGUGUUGGCCCUUCUAAGGAAUCCCCCCACAAGCUGCCAGUGAACUGUUCAAACCAGUUUCUUACAGAGAUGGAAAUUUAUCACUAGUUAAAUGAAUCAUUUUAAGAGAAUAUAGGAAACCAAUCUUUUUUUUUCUUCUUUUUCUUUUGUGAGACAGAGUCUCACUAUGUAGCAUAGGCUGGCCUUGAAAUCAGUAAUCUCUCUGCCUUGUCCUCCUGAGUGCUGGCUUUGAAGGAGUGUGUCACCAUGCCUGGCUUAUGUUUAUAUGGGCUGGGGAGAUGGGUCAGUGGGGAAGAAUAUUUUUGUAGAAACACAAGGACCUGAAAUCAAAUUCCCAUCACUCACAUAAAAGGCCAAGCAUGGCUCUUCUCACAUUUCUGUUAUUUGAGGUCUACAGGGGACAGAAACAGGAGGAUACCAGGACUUAUUGGUCACCAGUCUAGUUCAGAGAGAGACAAUGUUUCACACAACAAAUAUAGAGAAAAUAAAUUAUGACUAAUAAAGCAAAUGGUUCACACACUUUAUAGGAAGUAUCCAAGUAAUAUGGGAUUUACCCCUUCUCCUAAUUCAAAUUUCUCAAACUUAUUCUUAAUGCUUUUUAUUCUUUGAGAAUUUUGCUCAAUGUGUUUUGAUCCUAUUUCCACUCUUCCAAGAAUCACCUGAGCCAUCCUUACCCACCCAGUUUUGUCACUUUAGAACAAACAAGCAAGCUACAGAACCCUGGGUUGAGAGAAGGCCAGGAGAGCACAGCAGAAUCCCCUGGAAUGUGAGCUUCAAGGGUGAGCACAGGACUGCAGAGAGAGGAGACUGUGGCCCUCCUGAGAGGGAUGAGAGAGCAACCCUUUCAAUGAUUAUGAAUCUAGUGGAGUAAAUAUAUGUUAAUGGAAGAACAUGAAGUUAACCAAUUUUGAAGAGCAAACUUUUUCUCUUAAGUGCACAUUUGUAAUUUUAAGUGUACAAUUUUAACAGAUGAGAGAAAAGUAUUCCAGGACAGGGAGAGAAGACAAGAACCCCCCUACCCCCCC